AUGAAGGCGCUUCUGUCUGUUCUGCUGGCUGCGGUUGUGUGCAUGGAGCUAGCCCACGCCUUGCAGUGUUACACAUGCCUGGAGCCGAUGAGCGCCCCCCUGUGCAUGACCAUCAGCAACUGCUCCACGAAUGACAUCGUGUGCAAGACAGUCAUGUACUCCCUAGAGGAAGUUUUCCCCUUCAUGGGCGACUCAACCGUCGUCAAGGGGUGCGCUCAGAAAUGCAUCCCGUCCGACGUGGAUGAAAUCGGGAACUCUCGCCCCACCUUCUGCUGUAACUCUGACUUGUGCAACGUGGAUGGGGCGGUCAGCAUACAAAUCAGCUUCGUGGUGAUGGGGAUUUCAGCCAGUUUCCUCUGCGUCCUCCUCAGGACUGGGCUGUGA